UCCUCCACCAAUUCCAUCACAAUUACAAUACUUCAUCUUUCUGUCCCCCCUCCCCCCCCCCCCCCCCCCCCCCCGCUCUCUCUCUCUCUCUCUCUCAUAAAAUAUAACUAUAGGCUGCUUCCUUCAUCUUUUACCUUCAAAAAGCUCCUUUGUCAUUAAUAUAUAUAUUUUGAUCUUCCAAAAAAAAAGGCUAGUAAGGGAUUUCGGAAUGGAGCCCACAAAACCAGAAGUAACCCACGAGUUCCCCUUCUUCAGAGUGUAUAACGAUGGCCGCGUCGAAAAAUUCAACUGGCCACCAGAAACGGUCCCGCCCACAACUAACGACCCAAUCACCGGCGUCCAAUCCAAAGACGUUGUCAUAUCCGACGACCCGAAAAUUUCGGCCCGGAUCUUCCUGCCCCGACUACCCGACCCGACCCACAAGCUCCCCGUCCUCCUCUACGCCCACGGCGGCGGAUUCUCAUUCAGGUCCGCCUUCUCCCCCCACUACGACGCCCACGUCAGGACCCUCGCCGCCGAGGCCCGCGUCAUUGCAGUCUCCGUCGAGUACAGGCUGGCACCGGAGCACCCGAUCCCAGCCUGUUACGACGAUGCGUGGGCCGCGCUCAAGUGGAUCGCAGCCCAUGUCAAAGGAGACGGUCCCGACCCGUGGCUGAACGAAAACACCGAUUUUAAUCGGGUUUUCGUGGGUGGAGACAGUGCGGGAGGGAACAUCUCGGGCAACUUGGCUUUACGGGCCGGGUCGAUCGGGCUACCCGGGGUUCGGGUUUCCGGGGCGUUUCUGGUGCACCCGUAUUUUGGGGGAGUGGAGCUUGAUGACAAGAUGUGGUUGUACAUGUGUCCUUCCGCUAGUGGGAUGGAUGAUUUUAGGAUGAAGCCGUCCGCAGAGGAUCUGGGAGGGAUCGGGUGUGACAGGAUGUUGGUGUUUGUGGCGGAGAAGGAUCACCUGUGUGGGCCAGGUAAGGCCUAUUAUGAGAAUUUGAAGAAGAGUGAGUGGAUGGGGAAGGUGGAGCUUGUGGAGAACAAAGGAGAGGAACACUGCUUCCAUCUGAGGAUCCCCUCAGGGGAUGAGAAUGUUGUGGUUAAAAAGAUUGUUUCUUUCAUUAAUCAGGAUUAAGUGGGCCCCGGUUUUAGACGACCUUGUAGUCCGACGAAUCAAUGUGGCGGUGUUUUAAGAUUACGGAAUAAUUACUCCGAUUGUUUGUUAAUUUGAUGAAAUAAUGUCGUAUAUCGUGGAAUUAUUUUACCAGAUUAAACGAUCAUGGUUUUUAUGCAGUACAUUUUGUUUUUCCCCAUCA